AUGACUUCCAUGCAACAUCAUGAAAGUGGCGUUUUACGUGCUCUUUUUUGCCCUCGCCGACUUUGUUCGACGACACCGUUGGAACAGCUGAUUAUCAAUGCCGCCCGCUGGGAUGACAGCAAUUAUUAUCAUCGCCUUGGGUUUUGCGAAGAAGUGCACGAUCUUAGGAGGAUCAAGGAGCAUUAUCGCGUCCUUGCGAAACACUACCACCCCGACAAUCCGAGCGCGCCACCAGACGCCAAGGCCGCCUUUCAAAGCAUCAGGGAAGCGUACGAGCAUGUCGCUUCCGAGGCCAAGGAAGCUCCAGGCAGGAACAAAAUGGCUGAGGCUGGUUUUGAGUUCUCCGAUCAGGCGAGACGGAAAGCACAGAUACGCUUUUUGGGUGAUGGUGUCGGCCUCUUCAUGGCGAUGACUCUUGUUCUUAUUUACAUUGUAUCCAAGCACAACAAAGAACGUCUCCACGCGCGCCAUUUAUGGGAUUUGAUGCUUAUAUUUUUGACCAUCCAAUUGUUCCCAAGACUUUUGGCGGCCGCGAUCCUUUACGCGUGUCACACAAACUACCUGGUGAGUUUGGCGGAAUGCAAAGAACGGGCGGCGACGAGUGUGGUGUUGGAGCGACUAACAGGUGGCGAUGUUUCCAUUCGUGUGAAUGGCAUCAAAGCGGAGGUGAUUGAGAAUACUAUUCUGCAAGUUACUACUACGCAGAUGACAUCGCCAUCACCUGAGGCGCCAGCAGCAUUGAGGACGGAAGACUCCAAUGUGUUGCUUGCGCCGUCCACGUCGACAACGUUGACGUUUGAUGCUGGAGUCAUGUCGGUGUCGGUGCCUGGGCACCCAGGCGGUGUGACAGAGUACCGCGUCAAGGCGGUGGACAUGAAUAGGGUAUUCGUGUUGGCUGACCUCACGUUACGCGUGUGA